CUGCAGCAGCAGCUGCAGCAGCAGCAGCAGCAGCAGCUGCAGCAGCAGCUGCAGCAGCAGCUGCAGCAGCAGCAGCAGCAGCAGCUGCAGCAGCAGCCUGGACCUUGGCUCAGGCCUAUUUGUUUGGUUUAGAAUGGCCAGCCUCGGCUGGGGGGCCCCACGACGCGUUGCUGCCUGGGGCUCCCGGGGGCCCCCUGGGUGCUGCCUGCGGGCCCCCAGACCCAGCAGCAGCAGCAGCAGCAGGAACACCAGCAGCAGCAGCAGGAACAGCAGCAGCAGCAGCAGCAGAAGAAGAAGAAGCAGCAGCAGCAGCAGUUUCUCCAUACUUAAGCGCGUUGUGGGGUUUGCCGCCCAAACCACCCCACAUCCCCUCAAGUGUAUGGACAGGGCUGCUGCGGGGACUCCACUUAACCCCCACGAAUCCUGUGGGGAUUGUUGCGCUGCUGCUGCGCUGCUUCUUCCAGCAGCAGCAGCAGCAGCAGCAGCAGCAGCAGCAGUCCUUGUUUUCGCCGGAAGUGCCCAGAGUGGACCCGCUGCUGCGGCGGAAGGUGCAGCAGCAGCAGGAGCAGCAGCAGCAGCAAGCGUUGCUCUUGCUGCAGCGGCUGCAGCAGGAGCAGCGGGAGCAGCAGGGGGAGCCGCCGCCGCAGCAAACGCAGCAGCAACAGCAGCAGCAGCAGCGGCAGCUGCAGCACCGGGUGCUGCUGCACCAGCUGCAGCUGCAGCAGCAGCAGCAGCAGCAGCAGCAGCAAGACGCCUUCUUCUACGUAGACAACUUGUCUCCUGUAGUCUCCAGCAGCAGCAACUUCGACUCUCUCUUAAUUGCUGCUGACCACAGCAGCCGCAGCACAGCAGACACUUUUUAUUUGGACCCUUCAUUUCGCCUGACGCACCAGCAGCUAGCUGCCCUUGGCAGCAGCAGCAGCAGCAGCAGCAGCAGCAGCAGCAGCAGCAGCGGCAGCAGCAGCAGCAGCGGAGACACGGCGACGUGCGGCAGCAGCCCCGCCGCGGCGCGCAGCAGCAGUCCCGCGGACAGCGUCAGCAGCAGCGGCAGCCGCAGCAGCAGCGCGCCCAGCAGCAGCAGCAGCAGCAGCAGCAGCAGCAGCAGCAGCAGCAGCAGCAGCGGGGACCUGCUGCUGCUGCGGACGCACGGGACGGCCCACCAGCUGCAGCUGCUGGCUUUGGGCCUCCGCCGGGCCAUUUGGUGCUGCGCUGUUUGCAGAAGAGACAAAACUGACAAAACUCACUUUCCAGUUUUCCACCAAGCUGAUGCUGUUUGCGUCUUCGACUGCAGCAGCAGCAGCAGCAGCAGCAGCAGCAGCAGCAGCAGCAGCAGCAGCAGCGGCGGCGGCGGCGGCGGCGGCGGCGGCGGCGCGAAGAAAUAUGACCUGCAGACACUGCAGCAGCAGCACAAGGCGCUGCUGGAAGCAGUUGCUGUGGCCAAGCAGCUGCAGCAGCUGCAGCAGCAGCAGCAGCAGCAGCAGCAGCAGCAGCAGCAGAGGGAGCUGCGAGCGUCUCUGGCUGCUGCGUCUGCUGCUGCUGGUCUUCCUGCUGCUGCUGUUGUGUCUCUUUGUUCUUUUGCAUGCAUCAAAGACAAAAACCCUUUUUUAAAUAAUGCUGUUGUGCUGCACCUCCAAGUCACCCUCGAGAGGCUGCUGCGCUUCCUCUGGGCCCACAAGCAGCAGCAGCAGCAGCAGCAGCAGCAGCAGCAGCAGCAGCAGCAGCAGCAGCAGCAGCACGGGAAGCGCGCUUCGAGCGCGAACAACCCCACCACCAGCCCUACAAGCCCCAGCAGCAGCAGCAGCAGCCCCAGCCCCAGCAGCAGCAACAGCAGCAGCAGCAGCAGCAGCAGCAGCAGCAGCAGCAGCAGCAGCAGCAGCAGCAGCAGCAGCAGCGGGGAGCUGGUGCUGCGGUGGGUGUACGACGCGACUUUUCCCUUCACAAGUCCUUCUUUGGAAAUGGAGAUUUUCCACGAAGGCAAAUGGCUGGAAGUUCUUGGGGCUGGCGAGGUGCAGCAGGCCAUCCUUGCUAACGCAUGCAAGCUGCAGCAGCAGCAGCAGCAGCAGCAGCAGCAGCAGGAGCGGCAGCAGCAGGAGCGGCAGCAGCAGGAAGGCCUGGAGGGGCCGGGUGCGCAGCCGCCGCCUCUGCCCGCCUCCUGCGCCCCCCGCAGCAGCAGCAGCAGCAGCAGCAGCAGCAGCAGCUCUCGUGCAGCAGGAGCGGCAGCAGCAGGAGCGGCAGCAGCAGGAAGGCCUGGAGGGGCCGGGUGCGCAGCCGCCGCCUCUGCCCGCCUCCUGCGCCCCCCGCAGCAGCAGCAGCAGCAGCAGCAGCAGCAGCAGCUCUCCCGCUGCAGCAGCAGCAGCAGCAGCAGCAGCAGCAGGUGUGGGGCGGGGCUGGGCGUUUGGGCAUUUCGCCCCUUUUCCCAGAUGCCUCCGGUCUACAAAGACCUCGCCUUCUGGCUCCCCAGCAGCAGCAGCAGCAGCAGCAGCAGCAGCAGCAGCAGCAGCAGCAGCAGCAGCAGCAGCGGCGGGGGGAAGCGGCGGUUCAGCGAGGAGGAGUUUGAGGCGUUGUGUCGGUCUUUUUGCGGGCAGCAGCUGGAAGAAAUAAAAUUAAUUGAUUUAUUUAAAUGUCCAAAAACAAAAAGAAAAAGCUGCUGCUACAGACUCACUUUUCGGGACUUCCGCAAAACCCUCACCAACAAAGAAGUCAACUUGCUGCAGCAGCAACUCGUCCACAAGCUGCAGCAAACGUUCGACUUGCAGCCUUUUCCCCCCACCGCGCAAGUCUUUGCUGCUGCCGACCACGCUAACUGGCCAGCAGCAGCAGCAGCAGCAGCAGCAGCAGCAGCAGCAGCGGCAGCAGCAGAAGGGGAGCCGGACGUUGCAGCAGCCGCGGUAGAAGCAGCAGCCGCAGCAACACCGGGUCUGCGCAGCAGCGGUAGCAGCAGGAGCAGCAGCUGCAGCAGCAGCAGUAGCAGCAGCAGCAACGGCUGCUGCAAUAGCUGCAGCAGCAAAAGCGCGGGAGCAGCAGCAGCAGCAGCAACGACUAGAGCAGCAGCAACGGAAGCAGCAGCUGCUGCCCCAUCUUCACGCCUGAUCUCACCCCCCAUCUCAAGUCUCCUCCCCAAGGAGGGGAAGCAGCCGCAGCAGCAGCAGCAGCAGCAGGCAGUACCGCUUGCUGUCUUUCCCCACGGUGCAGCUGACCCGACAGCAGCAGAUGGAGCAGCAGACGCUGCAGCAGCAGCAGCAGCAGCAAAAGCAGCAGCAGCAACAGCAGCAGCAGCAGCAGACUCCAAUCUCCUCCACCCCAACCACAAACAGCCGCAGCUGCUCCCUUUGUCUCUUUUGGGUCUGGGGGGCCCCCCAAACCCAACAGGCCCUCAGCAGGGGGCCCCCUCGGGGGGCCCCCCAGGGGCCCCUUCUGGGAAGCUGCCUGGAGACAGCAGCAGCAGCAGCAGCAGCGGCAGCAGCAGCAGCAGCAGCAGCAGCGGCAGCAGCGGCAGCAGCGGCAGCAGCGGCAGCUCGGGUGCUUCCGAGGGCGCGCUUGUCGUGCUGGAGCCCGACUCAGUGCCUACAAUAUCUGAGCAGCAGCAGCAGGAGCAGGAGCAGCAGCAGCAGCAGCAGCAGCAGCAGCAGCAGCAGCAGCAGCAGCAGCAUGAGAUGGUAAUCUUGAAGCCGCCUUCGGACCAAACGCAGUACGCGUCUUUCCGGCUGCCGGCGUUGGGGCUGGUGGGUUUUGCUGCAGUGCCUGCAGCAGGAGCAGCAGCAGCAGCAGCAGCAGGAACCCAGCCAGAAGCAGCAGCAGCAGCAGCAGCAGCAGCAGCAGCAGCAGCAGCAGACGCUCGAGGGGCCUUCGCAAUAUCUGUGGGGUGCGGGUACUUCAACGACCCCCCGCUGCUGCCUGGGACUGCGCAUGCACUGGAGCACAUGAUAUUUCUGAAGUCUGCUGCUGCUGCUGCUGCUGCUGCUGCAGGAGCAGCAGCAGCAGCAGCAGACUGGGGUGCUGCAGUCAGCAGCAGCGGCGGCAGCCACAACGCAGCAACGGGCCCCGAGACCACCACCUUCUUUGUUGCUGCUCCUUCUGAGAAGUUGGAGAUGCUUUUAAAUCUCUUUUUGGACCAUCUUUUGAAUCCUCUUUUGCAAAAAGAACAAGUCGAAGCAGAACUCAUGGCCAUUCAAGCAGAACAUGAAAAAAAUAAAUCCGACUUCCAAAGAGUGGCGCUGCUGCUCGCCAUGCAGCACCUCCCGGACUUUGGGGCUUGUGGGGCCCCACAAACGCAUGCAGAAACGCAUGCAGAAACGCAUGCAAAAACGCAUGCAAAAACGCAUGCAAAAACGCAUGCAGCGGCCCCAGAAGCCGACUCGCCCCAGGGGGCCCCCACCGAAGGGGGGGCCCCCCAGGAAGAGGGGGGCCCCCAGGAGGGGGCCCCCCUGCCCGGGGGGGCCCCCGGGGGGCCCCACGGGGGGGCCCCCCUAGAGGGGGGGGGCCCCCAAGAGGGGGGGGCCCCCGUGUCGGGGAAGUUUGGAACUGGGAGUUUGGAGAGUUUGUGCAGAAGACCAAAUGAAGAAGGAAUUGAUGUAAUUGGGACUUUGAAAAGAUUUCAUAAAAAGUGUUACAGGCUGGAUAAUAUGGCCGUGGCCAUCAGAAUGGGCCGAGGGAAAAAUGGAGAGCCGCUGCAGCUGCCGGACGUAAUUAAGAUAGUCUCUGAUGCCUUUGAGAGGGCAGCAGCAGCAGCAGCAGCACCAGCAGCAGCAGCAGCAGCAGCAGCAGCACGAGCAGCAGCAGCAGCAACAGGAACAGCAACAGCAGCAACGGCAGGGGCGAGCGAAAACAGCAGCAGCGGCGCGAGUCUGCUGCAGCAGCAGAGCAAGCUAGCAGCAGCAACCAGUGGUCAAGCUGCAGCAGCAGAAGCAGCUGCUGCUGCUGUUGCUGCAGGCGGUGCUGCUGCUGCUGCUGCUGCUGCUGCUCAGCCAGCCACAACCAAAAAAGACGAUCCCGAGACCAAAAACGACGAUCCCAAAACUGGAAAAGGCGAUCCCACAACUGGAGACGAUCCCAGUGCCAAAAAUGACGAUCCCAGUGCUCAAAAAGGCGAUCCCAAGGCUCAAAAAGACGAUCCCAGUCUCCAAAAAGACGAUCCCAAUCUCGAAAAAGACGAUCCCAGUGCUGGAGUCGACCCCACAGCUGAGAGCGGCGAGGAGAAGCGGCCCCAGGGAGUUACCCUGCGGGUGGUGGCUGCCCACGGCUGGCGGCCUCGCCUGGCGAUCUUCUGGGCAGCCCCAGGCUGCAGCAGCAGCAGCAGCAGCAGCAGCAGCAGCAGCAGCAGCAGCAGCAGCAGCAGCUGCAGCUGCAGCAGCAGCAGGGCAGCAGAGCAGCAGUGCCCGCCUUCUUCGCUGCUGCUGCACCUUCUGGAACACCCAAUGCCGGGGGGACUUAUGGACACUCUCAUACGCAAAGGUUUAAUUUACGAGGGCUUUGGGCUUUCGCAUGCAACUUCUCGGAGUUUCAUUUUGGGGCUUUAUUUGAAGUUAACUGCUGCUGGGCAGCAGCAAGUUGCUGCAGUGCUGCAGCAGGUGCGGCGCUUCGUGCUGCUGCUGCAGCAGCAAAUCGAUGCUGCCUUCAUCAGCAGCCACUUCGAAGGCUUGGGGGCCCUCAGCAGGGCCCUUUGGGGGGCCCUGGACCCUCUGGACCCGCUGCAGCAAGUAGCAGCAGCAGCAGAAGCAACUUUGCUGCUGCCUUCUCGCCCAGACAUAGCCCUCAACACUGGCCUUUGUCUGCAGCCGCUGCAGCAGCAGCAGCAGCUUGCUGCUGUCAAGCAGCUGCUGCAUGCGCUUGUCAAGGGCAAGCAAGUCACUGUCUUCCUGGGGCCCCCGGGGGCCCCCGGGGGCCCCCAGGGGCCUGGGGGCCCCCAGCAAGGGCAGCAGGGGGCCCCCCAGGGGGCCCCCCUCGCAGCAACAGGGGCCCCCGCAGCUUCGGGGGGGCCCCCCAACGAAGAAGCAGCAGCAGCAGAAGAGGGGGGCCCCCACCAAGCAGCAGCAGCAGAAGAGGAGGGGCCCACAGCAGCAGGAGGGGCCCCUGCAGCAGCAGGGGGGGCCCCCGGGGCCCCCAAGGGGGGGCCCCCAGGGCCACUUCGGGAGCUGCCGGAGUAUGGGGUACAGUACUACGUGGAGCCGACUGAGGAAGCAGCAGCAGCAGCAACAGGAGCAGCAGCAGCAACAGGAGCAGCAGCAGCAACAGGAACAGCAGCAGCAGCAACAGCAGCAGACGAUGUGGGUGGUGAGGGGGGCCCCCUGGGGGCCCCCCUGUCUGUGCCGGGGCCCCUUGCAUGCAAAGUACCCGAAGAAGGCCCUGUGAAGCCCCACCCAGUGCCGGCGAUUUGUGCUGCUGCUGCUGCUGCUGCUGCGCAGCUGCCGUCGCUGGGGGCCUUCUCCGCAGCAGCAGCAGCAGCAGCAGCAGCAGCAGCAGCAGGGGGGCCCCCCGGGCCCUGCGUGCUGCUGGCCGACGAAAACUUGACCAUCUUGUGGCACAAUGGGGCCCCCUUCGGGAAGCCCCUGGUGAGGGCCUCGGUGCGGGCGCGAGUUGCUGCUGCAGCAGCAACAGCAGCAAAUGAUGCUUUUGCAAAAAUGUUUGUUUCCAUCUUUUCCAAAAAAACAAAAACCAAAAUGAGUCAUCUUCAUGGCUGCGGAGUUGAACUCCUCGUGGCCUUCACUUCAGGCAGCCUUGUCUUCGAAAUCCAGGCAAGCCUGCAGCAGCAGCAGCAGCAGCAGCAGCAGCAGCACAGCAGCAGCAGCAGCAGCAGCGCAGCAGCAGCAGCAGCACAGCAGCAGCAGCUGCUGCGGCUGCGGCUGCAGCAGCGCUCCUUUUCUUAUUUGUCUCUCUGUUGUUGCAGUGGAGUUGGUUCUGUUUUAAACUUCUACCUGGACAGCAGCAACAGCAGCAACAGCAGCAGCGGCAGCAGCAGCAGCAGCAGCAGCAGCAGCAGCAGCAGCAGCAGCAGCAGCAGCGUUUUGCGGUUUUUGCUGCUGCAGGCUUUGAGCCCCAUGUUUGAAGAGACCUUCAAAGGAGUCGGAGAAGCUUUUCAACAAACUUUGGAAAGCAUCACAGAGACAGAGUUCCAACAGGCCUUGCAGGAGCUGCUGGAAGAGACGCAAGACUUCGCAGCUUCCAGCGCCUACGAAUUGGCUUUGGAUUUAUCUCUCUCGCUGCUGCGGCAGAGCCGCUUCAGCCAGUUUGACUUGCUGCAGCAGCUGCAGCAGCUGCAGCAGCAGCAGCAGCAGCAGCAGCAGCAGCAGCAGCAGCAAGGGGGAUUUGAGGCAUUCAAGGCCUUUCUCAGCAGCAGCUUCACUCGCACUGCAGUGGACUGCUUCAUCAUGGGAGAUAUUGCUGCAGCAGCAGCAAAAGAUUUGGCGCUGCAGUUCGUGCAGCAGAUCCGCAGCAGCACAAUUACCUACGAAGAAGCAGCAGCAGCAAAGACGGCGAAGCUGGGGGGCGACGUGGAGUUGGUUUUGAAAAACCCGAUCCCAGGAGACAGCAACUCGGUUUAUUUGUCUCUCUUUGUCUUUGAGGGGCCCGACGUGCUGCAGCUGCUGCUGCUUGCUGCUGCAGCACAGCUGCUGCGGGAGCCUUUCUUCGAAGAGUUAAGAACAGAAAACAAAGAUGGAUAUGUUGCAGCAGCAGAGCUGCUGCAGCUGGCUCCUGCUGCUGCCAUUGCCACUAUAGUCCAGACUUCUUCGAAGGGUCCUGCUGCUGCUGCUGCUGCUGCUGCUGCUGCUGCUGCUGCUGCUGCUGAUGCUGCUGCUGCUGCUGCUGAUGAUGACGAUGAUAAUGAUGCUGAUGAUGAUACGGAUGAUGAUGAUGAUCAUGAUGCUGCUGCUGCUGCUGCUGCUGCUGCUGAGGGUUGCGCUGGUACUGCUGCUGCUGCUGUUGGUGCUGCUGCUGUUUUGCUGCUGUUGUGUUGCUUGUAUUGUGUAUGGGUUGCUUCCCAGUUGUCUUCUCGGAAGCUUUGCUUUACGGAGCCGCAAUUAGCUGCUGCUGCUGCCAGCAGCGUCCCUGAUUGCCCAGAAAUCCUCAAGAAGUAUUUGACUGACCUCACCAUGGGGCCCUCUAGCCGGCGGGUGACUGUCAAGGGCGCGGGAAACACCCCCGCGUUGGUGAACAGUUUGUUGACUUCGCUGUGCAACAUUUCGCCCUUCUUUAGGAUAGAGGCAGCAGCACCGCAGAGCAGCAGCAACAGCCGCAGCAGCAGCAGCAGCAGCAGCAGCAGCAGCAACGGCAGCAGCAGCAGAACUGCUGAUGAGUCGCAGUGCAUUCUGCGGGGAGCUGCUUCGGAGCUAGCGCUAUCUGGGGCUGCUGAGGCCUCUAAAAGCCCUGCUGCUGCUGCUGUUGCUGUUGCUGCUGCUGCUGCUGCUGCGCAGCAGCAGCAGGUGUGGGGCCCCACAGGCGCUGCUGUAGAGACAGUGGGGGCCUCAGAUGACGCAGAAUUGGGAGAAAUAAAAAAGGGAAAAAAAGGAAAAGAAAUAAUUCAAUUCUGCGCCAAAGAAACGGAGAACUCCUCGCGGCCCUCGAUAACUUUGCGGAACUUUGCAAAAGACCCUUCUGGGGAGCGGCGGAAGCUGCUGGAGUUUUUGGAAAAGAAAGUGUGGGGUGCUGGGAUCGCCUCCGAUCCCGAUCCCAAAGACGAUCCCAGAGGCGAUCCCAAAGACGAUCCCAGAGGCGAUCCCAGAGACGAUCCCAGAGACGAUCCCAAGGGUUUGUGGGCUGCUUAUGACUUCAGCCAGCAGUGCACAAUUAGGCCAAGUUCUUUGGCUGCAGCAGCAACUUGCCGCAGCAGCAAAAUCGCAGCAGCAGAACAAGACUUGCUGCUGCUGCUCCCAGCAGGGGGCCCCCCAGCAGCAGGGGCCCCUCCCGAGGGGGCCCCCCCUGUGGGGUCUUCUCCAGAUGGGGGGCAGCCAGAAGCAGCAGCAGCAGCAACUGCAGCAAACCCCCUGCAGCUGCAGGCUCAAGCAGCAGCGACACAGCAGCAGCAGCUGGUGCAGCAGCAGCAGCAGGCCGCAGCGCAGCAGCAGACAGCAGCAGCACCACCGGCGCAGCAAAAUGGACCACUGUUCCUGUCCCCGCAGGCGUCUCAAGGGAUCCUCCAGCAGCAGCAGCAGCAGCAGCAACAACAGCAGCAGCAGCAGCAGCAGCUGGUGCAACAGCAGGUGCAGCAGCAGGUGCAGCAGCAGGUGCAGCAGCAGGUGCAGCAGCAGCAGAUGCAGCAGCAGGCUGUGCUAUCAGCGGCAGAGCUGGAGCUGAAGGCGCUGCAGAACGCGUGGUUGCUGCUGCAGCAGCAGCAGCAACUGCUGCUGCUGCAGCAGCAGCAGCAGCAGCAGCUAAUUCAGCCCAGAGUUGCUGCUCUCCGCAGAUAUGGCAUAACUCCCUCUGUGGUCUUUGCUGCUGCUGGUGUGGGGCCCCACAAGCAGCUGCUGCAGGAGGGCCCCGUGCUGCAGUUGGGUUCUCAUUCUUGGGGGCCCCUGCCCGUGGGUCUGUCCCGGCAGCAGCAGCAGCAGCUGCUGCUGCAGCAGCAGCAGCGGCUGCUGCAGCAGCACCUGCAGCAGCAGCUGCUGCAGGCGAAGCGGCAAGCCAUUGAGCAGCAGAUCUCCCAAAUCCGCGGCAGGCUGGCGCUGCAGCAAGCAGCAGCAGCAACAGCAGCAGCAGCAACAGCAGCAGCAGCAGCAGCAGCAAACAAUAUGCAGCAAGCAGCAGCAGCAACAGCAGCAGCAAAUCUGCAGCAAACAGCAGCAGAACUCUAA